AUGCCACCAAGCACAAGCGGGAACAGUGCGAUUGACAAGCAGGUGCAAGAAAAGAGUAAUAAACUAUGGGGUCCGUUUCCUGAUGGUUAUGUAACUGUGGGUAUGUGUCGAGUUAAAACACCCAUGUUCGCGACCGUCGAAGAGGAACGCUUGCAUAGGAAACAGAGACUGGCAGCUAUGUCCAGAUUGUUUGCAAAGUAUGGCUAUGAUGAAGGUACAACUGGCCACAUAACUUGUCGGGAUCCGGAAAACCCGGAGACUUUCUGGAUGAACCCAUACGGAGUCCACUUCUCCCAAAUUAAGGUAUCAGACCUAACACUUGUAAAUAAGAAAGGCGAGAUACUAUAUUCCAAUGGAGACGCUUACGUUAACCAGGCUGGCGUAAACCUCCAUUCGAUGCUAUACGAAGCGAGACCCGAUAUAGUUUGCGCCACUCACUGUCAUAGCACAUAUGCCAAAGCAUUUUCAUCACUUGUUCGACUGUUGGAUCCAAUUACCCAAGAUUCUUGCAUAUUCUACGAGGAUCAUGCUCUCUAUAGUAAUUACGAAGGUAUUAUAACUGGCGAUGAAGAAGGCAGACGUAUUGCCAAAGCUCUGGGAAAGAAGAAAGCCGCCAUUCUUUGUAAUCACGGUCUGGUCACCGUCGGACGCACCGUCGAUGAAGCUGCGUUUCUUACUAUUAACAUGGAAAAAUGUUGCCAAGUACAAUUGUUGGCUGAAGCUGCAUGCCACGGAAAUGAGAAGCCCAUUCAGAUUGAUCAUGAAUGCGCAAAAAGUGUUCACGAGCUCGCAGGAUCGAAAGAAUCUUGUUGGUUUAAUUUCCAACCUUUGUACCAAACGAUUGUUAAGGAACAACCUGAUUUGCUCUUGUAA